AUGCGUUUCACACAGCUCGGGGCCGCUGCCGCGCUCACCGGCCUGGGGAGCGCUAUUCUCCUCCCGCCAACCAUCUCCGACGAUUUUAUCAAGGCACUACCCAUCGAUGCUUCCACUCAUCCGGACCGCCGUGUGAUCGAGAUCAGCUGCCCUGGAUGCCCGGUCGUCGUACCAGAUAUGCAUGGCAAUUUGCAUCAUGUUGCUGCCGAGAACAUCCUGAGACUUAACUUCUCCGUGGCUCACGGCGAUUCCGAUCAGCUCCUUCUCAACGGCAACCAGGUCUAUCCUAUCGACCCUAGUUCCGAGAAUUUUAUGAAGCCUUUGAGUGCAGCUCAACUUGUCAAGUCACCGGAAGAUACCUGGCAACAAGCAGCAGAGCCGGCCCUGGGCUACGCACUAAGUGUGAGGAAUACCGUCCACAUGGAGCUGGACAAUGUCAACCUCGUCGCCGUCCAUGUCGAUAUUGUUGAAGUUGCGGGCGUUUUCAUCGAUGGGAUCCCAGGCAUCGACCUAAGACUCGUCGAGACGCCGAGUGGGAAGUUGAUGCUCGGAGAUUCACAGGUCUCAGCCCCAACGAGCCCAUCGUCCUCACCUAACGAUGAUGGGCAGGAGUGUACAACACUCCUCUGCAAAUGGAGAGCCAUCAUCGCCGACCGACUCUCUAAGUUGAAGGGUUGCGGCCGGAAGGGUCGUCCAAAUGCUCAAGUCGAAGGUCCCAAACACGGUGGCCGUCCUCACAACCGCCCCCAUGGAAGCCGCCCUCAUGGAUCCCACCGCCCAUUCCGCCAUCACCGCCAGAAAAACGGAUUCUCUCGAUUGGCCAGGAAUAUUCUCAAGCACGUGCUUGUGCCUGUUCUCAUUGGGGUUUUCGUUGGUAUCCUCGCAAGCCUUGUUGGUAUGUUGGUCGGAAAGUUCGUCAUUUUUGUGUACCGCGCUUCCCGUGGACGUCGGGAGCAGUAUGCCCUGGUUGAGCAGGAUGAUGAGGCCGUUGAGCAUAUUGAAGACGAUUCCAAGUCUUUUGUUGAGCCUCCUCCAACAUACGAGGCGGUCAACGUCAAGAGUCCUGAGUAA